GAACGGGACCUUGGAAGGGAAUCUGGGCAGUUCUUAGGUCGUUAAAUCUAUUCUGCAUUAUCAACCUCGUUCCCUGUUUCAAUUUCCCUCUUUCCCUCUCGCAACCGCGUCACGCCACGUCUUCCGUAAUGUUCCAGAACAAGAGUGUUUCGAUCUCCUUGUCGGAUGAGGAAUCCGACGAGCUGGGUCGGAUGCGGGUCCGCGCGCGACGGAAGCGCAAGAAACUCGGCAACAGAAGAUUGCUCCGGAAGCUAUUCGUCAGAUACUGGAUGCUGCUCGUCAUUGUUCCAGCUGCGGGAUUGUUCAUAUUCGAGGCCACCAGAAUUGGGCGAAGCUUGAAUGGUUUAAACACGAACAGCCGCAUAGAAACACGCACUCACAGAAUAGAUGGAUCUAGUCCCACAUUGCGGAAGGCCCCCACCAACUUGAAUCGCCUCGAUCCUACCACACAUGUUGUGGCUGGCAUCAGAGAGCGUUGCUUGAAGCUCCUACCUCCUGAAAAGCUUGAGCAGCUGGAUAUACCUGUGGAACAAGAAUCUUCUAGAAUUCCUGUUGGUGAAGUUUUAUACAUGUCAGAGAGUGAUAGGUCUUUUGUAGGUGCGAAUGUUACGUUGUCUCAAUUGCGUACAGAGGACACACGGUUUAAUUUAUUUACUGGAAAUCAAACAUUUGAGGAGAGAGAUAGAAGUUUUGAGGUGAAAGAAACUAUGACGGUACAUUGUGGGUUUUUCAGUGUGAAUGGUGGGUUUAAGAUAUCUGAUCAAGAUAAAAGUUACAUGCAAGGUUGCAAAGUCGUGGUAUCUACUUGUGCAUUUGGUGGUGGAGAUGAUCUCUAUCAGCCAAUUGGAAUGUCUGAGGCUUCGCUUAAGAAGGUUUGCUAUGUUGCAUUCUGGGAUGAAAUCACCGUCAAAGCGCAGGAGUUGGUGGAGCGUAGAAUCGGGGAAAAUGGCUUUAUUGGAAAUUGGCGUGUUGUUGUUGUUCGAGAUCUUCCUUUUGCCGAUCAAAGGUUGAAUGGUAAAAUUCCCAAGAUGUUAAGUCAUCGCCUUUUUCCUCAAGCUAAAUACUCAAUUUGGGUAGACUCUAAGUCCCAAUUCCGGAGAGACCCACUAGGUGUGUUGGAAACACUUCUUUGGCGCCCAAAAUCUUUGCUUGCCAUAUCAGAACAUGGAGCUCGCAGUAGUGUCUACGAUGAGGCUAAGGCUGUUGUCAAGAAGAACAAAGCCAAGCCAGAGGAAGUUGAAGUGCAACUGAAUCAAUACAGAAAAGAUGGCUUGCCAGAAGACAAGAGAUUUAAUGGGAAAAAAGCUCUAUGCGAAGCCUCUGUUAUCAUCAGGAAGCAUACACCCCUAACUAAUCUAUUGAUGUGCGUCUGGUUUAAUGAGGUGGUUCGCUUCACUUCUAGGGAUCAGCUCAGCUUCCCUUAUGUCCUGUGGAGGCUGAAAGCAUUCCAAAACAUCAAUACUUUUCCAGUUUGUACUCGCAAAGAUCUUGUCAAUAGUAUGGGCCAUGUCCGCAAGGCCAAACCUUUGCAAGGCUGAUUUAGUUAAAUUGGUUGAGAGCAAUGGCUACCUACAUUUAUCUAUUUCAUUCCUUAUUUCAGUAGUUUCUUUAGCCAAUCUGAAUCAGGUAUGUGUUGUUUUUCUAACUUCACCCCCUCUUCUCUCUAGUCAGUGAAUGAUUAUAAUUUGUAUUUAAUUGUUUAUUGUGAGCUC